AAACUGUUUUAUAGUAAAUGACUAAAUGUGAUAUAUAGAAGAAAAAAAAGGUUACCGAUUUGCAAAAUUCUCGUAAAAGUUAAUUGUUCAUAUUCGAUCGUAUCGUAGAUCAUCAAUUAUGAAAAAAUAAAUGUAACGUUAUGAUUGAAAAAAACUUGUUACAGUAACGUAAAUAAGACUUACUAAACCUAAUCGAACGGCUGCAAAGCCACCGCAUGUCCAACAUCGGAUGAUGCUGCGAUUAAGAUGAGAACACGUGGAAUGAAGCAAAAGGGCCCCAAGACGUGUUUAUUCCUUAUCUACACCGGAAUGGCUUUGCAUGGACCCCACCAAAUCGUAUAAUUGAAGUCAAACGCAUCUCGCUUCAAAAAAAAUGGAAAUUUAGUAAAACCCCAUUAAAUUAGUAACAGACAUAUUCACAGGAGUCGUUGGAUCAAGAAAAUAAAAGAUCUUAAAGUCGGUCAAUAAUUUUGACGAUUCAGGAUCGUAAUUAAAAUACACUCGGUUUCACUGGAUCAGGCAUGGUUUAUCAAGUUUUAAUAUUAUUAUCUUUCUCUGAAAGUUGCAAAUUUUUCAGAAGACACGUUCUUCUUGCAAACCGACAUUGUAGUUUUCUUUUUUUUCAUGGUUUAAUAGUUUUCCAUUUUCCUUCUCUUAUAUAUAAAAGACGACAAAACAAAACGAUACAAACAAAAACACAACGAUUUACACGUAAACGUGAUCAGAGUGGUCAAAAGGGAGACAAGAUAAAUUCGAUCGAGAGAAUCAAUUAUUCGUAAAUAAUGUUCAAUGAAAUGGAGACGGAGAUUGUUUUUUCUGGAGAAUCGGAGACUGCGUUUUCGGAAACGGAGAUGGAGGCGGCGGAGCAGCUAGUGCAGUUGAGCGAAGAGGAUACGUUGAGCUGUAGCAGCGGCGGCACUGGCUGGAGCGUUUGCGGUUACGACGGAUCAGAAGGCAAUGAUACGAAGAGACAAGAAGAUGUUGUUAGUUCGAAGGUUAGAGAUCAUAUUGUCGGAAAGGAGCAAAACGACGGCGUGUGUAGGAAUAAGAAUGUUACGAACGGACAGAGUUUUAUGAAGACGAUCAUGGAGACGAAGACAAGGAUAAAUAAGAAGAAGAAGUUUCGGUCUCUCGCGAGCAUCUACAGAGCGACGAAGGAGAUGACGAAAGUUGAAUAGUCGAAGGAAUGAUGGCUAAUUACUUUUUAAUGACGUUUGUUAAAAGCGUGUGUUUAUUACUAUAUGUCCUCGUUUUCAAUGGUUUUGUAUGUCAGUAUGUAAUAUAGAAUCUAUUGGCGUUGAACCGGGAGAAGGUGCUAGAAGAAUUGUGAAGCUUUGCAAUAACUUUAACAGAAAA